AUCUUUUGUAAUACCUCCAGCUUUUCUCAAAUUACGGAAAAGGAUCCCUGAUUGCAAAAAUGAGGGCGUCAUGGGGCGCCACAGCAGAGUCUACGGUGCUUACUUCACGAACUCGCUCCAUGACUAAACUUGUUGGAUGCUUUUGGUCGCGACGAACUGCUCCGCGUGUGCUAGCUGCUCAGGCGAGCAAGCGCAGCCCUGAGGCGCCUUUACCUCAGCUGACUCGGCCGAAGCCAGCAAGCGCUGCACAGCAGGCCCAAGCGCAACCGCCGGCGUCGCCCGCCGUUAUCACCGAUGCGUACAAACGCGCCUCAGAUGCCAAAGCUCGCUGCGAGACAGUCGACGUCAAAGUAGUUAGCCAGAACGAGGGAGGCGUUAUCGUGCAAUACGGCCCGGUUCGAGGGUUCAUACCAUACAACCAAAUGGACCCUGCUCGACUCCGUGCCUGCGCCAACGGCGACCUGAGCACCCUCACUGGCCAGCAGCUCAAGGCACGGGUUGUCACGGCGGAUGCGUCCCGGAAGGAGCUCGUGCUGAGUGAGCGUCAGGUGGCGGCUGCGGAGGCCCUUCGCCGCAUUGAGCCGGGGGCGGUGUUGACGUGCGUGGUCACGGCGGUUGAGGACUACGGGGCCUUUGUGCAGGUGAAGGGCAUGCCCGAGGUGGUUGGUCUGGUGCACAAGAGCGAGGUGUCCUGGGACCGCAUCAUGACGGUGGACCAAGUGGUGUCAAUUGGCCAGGAGGUGGUCGCCAAGGUGCUCUCCGUGGACGCCAACAAUGUGCGUCUGACGCUGUCCAUGAAGCAGAUGUCCACCGACCCGCUGCGGCUCUCCCUGGACGGUCUGGCCUGGGAGGUGGCCGCUCCCGGGGCCGCCUACGGAGAUGUCCGGGUGCAGGGCCUGAUUGAGGCGCUGUCAACCUCAGUUGGAGUGGACUCGGUCGCACCCACCCGCGUGGCGCAGGAACUGGAGGUGUACCUGGUUCGCUCGGAUCGCGAGGCGGAUGGCCAGUACACGGCCGUGGCCCGUAUGGGUGUUUCCGCAACGGAGCUGGAGCUGCGGGCCGCGGAGCUGAGUCGAGAGCAGGUCAAGCAGCUGCUGCAGCGGGUGGCAUCCAGGAUUGCUGCGCAGUGA